AUGUUUACCGUGUUCAAUGUUGUUGAUGGAAGUGCAAUUCAAAAAGUAAAAGAAAAGCUAUCCACCAUGGCGACUUCAACUCUGAGCUCGGCCUGGAAAUGGACGAAAUUAUUACUCGCUGUGAUAUGCUUAGGGAAUACCGUACUGGGCGAUUUUUUAGGUGCUGUUGCAGAGGGUAAUACAGCUGGAGCACAAACUGAAUCUUCAAGCAAAUCAACAUGGCAAUCGAUCUGGGACUGGACAAAAGGAAUAAUUACCACGUUAUGCACCGUGAAUACCUUUCUGAGCUAUUAUCUAGGAGAACGUUGA